AUGUCUCUCCAUGCACUCACCAUGCUUUGUUCCUUCACUGUCAGCACCUUGGCUUUGGGGGCCACUGUCUCAGCGCUCACUGUGGGCAUAGUGGCUGAUCAUUAUGGAAGGCGCAAUUCCAUCCUGAUUGCUAACUCCCUCUCCCUCAUGGCCGUGGCAUUCAUGGGCGUCUCCAAGAUUGCAGGCUCCCUGGAGGCACUGAUUGUGGGACGCUUCCUCAUUGGACUCUUCUGUGGACUCAACAUGACCCUGAUUCCCCUUUAUAUCCAGGAGAUAUCCCCAACCAGGGUCCGCGGGGCCUUCUCCACCAUGAACCAGCUGUCUCAGACAGUGGGCAUCUUCGUUGGGCAGAUCAUGAGCCUGGAGAAUGUCUUGGGCACUAGCCGAUGGUGGCCACUCAUGCUGUCCUUGUCUGCUAUACCAGCCAUCCUCCAGUACCUCACCCUCCCUUUUUGCCCUGAGAGCCCCCGUUACUUUAUCAUCAAUUGCCACGAAGAUGAACUGGCUGCCCGAGAACUCCAGAGGCUCAGAGGUACCCAGGACGUCUUGGAAGAGAUUGAGGAGAUGAAGGAAGAAGCAGCCAAACUUAAGGGAACAGAGGAUGUCAUCAUGCUGAGACUAUUCAUUGUCCCCAGCUACAAGCAGCCCAUCCUGAUUGCUCUCAUUCUUAAUGCCAGCAGCCAGCUGUCAGGGUUCAAUGCUAUAAUCAACUAUUCCACAAAAAUAUUCCGUCUAGCUGGUGUUGCCCAUCCCACACACACCACCAUGGGAAUUGGGGCCAUUAACAUCCUCUUCACAAUAUUCUCUGUCUUCCUUGUAGAGAGACUAGGCCGGAGGAGCCUGCUCAUGUUUGGCCAGUUUGUUAUGGCUUUAUGCAAUAUGCUGCUCACCCUUUCCAUUGCUACGUUGCACCUGGUGGGCCCCUAUGUCUUCCUGCUCUUCACAGGCUUCCUGGUGGUGGCUGUUCUCUACACCUACUUCCGAGUGCCGGAGACCACGGGCUGCACCUUCAAAGAGGUGGCCGCCGAGUUCCGCCAGGCCGACGCCAUCCUCACCAGCUGCUUUUAG